AUGGCCUGUACGCAAGCGCAGCUGGUGAGCGGAAGUGCCAAUCCUGGUCGCACGAGGAGUGUCGGACUAUGGGGCCACACCGUGUAUACUGACGCCAAUAUGCGCGCUGAACCUGGAAUAGAGUCUAGCCCUCGGGGCCCCGGCUGCAGCCUUCGGCACUUUGCCUGCGAACAGAACCUGCUGUCCCGGCCGGAUGGCUCUGCUUCUUUCCUGCAAGGUGAUACCUCCGUCCUGGCAGGUGUGUAUGGGCCAGCCGAGGUGAAGGUCAGCAAAGAGAUCUUCAACAAGGCCACGCUGGAAGUGAUCCUAAGGCCGAAGAUCGGGCUUCCUGGCGUAGCAGAGAAGUCCCGGGAGCGGCUGAUCAGAAACACCUGUGAGGCGGUGGUGCUGGGAGCGUUGCACCCGCGAACCUCCAUCACCGUGGUGCUGCAGGUCAUCAGUGAUGCUGGCUCUCUCCUAGCCUGUUGCCUGAAUGCUGCCUGCAUGGCAUUGGUGGAUACAGGUGUACCCAUGCGGGCUCUCUUCUGUGGGGUCACCUGUGCCCUGGACUCUGAUGGGACACUUGUGCUGGACCCCACAGCCAAGCAAGAAAAGGAGGCCCGGGCAGUCCUGACUUUUGCACUCGACAGUGUGGAACAGAAGCUGCUGAUGUCUACGACCAAGGGACUCUACUCCAAUGCCGAGCUCCAGCAGUGCCUGGCUGCAGCUCAGGCUGCCUCGCAACACGUCUUCCGCUUUUACCGGGAAUCCCUGCAGAGGCGUUACUCCAAGAGCUGAGGCAAGCUGAGGCAAGCUGGAGCAGGGUGCCCCUCCCACUGCCACCACCCACCACCUCCAGCCUCAAGUAAACCAGCAGCCAGUCUUGCCUCUCUGUCCCUGUGUGCACAUGUGAGCUUGUAGUUCUGUAGCUGCAGGGGCUCCUGCUGAGGAGGACAGAAACCUCAGCCCCUGACAGCCCCAGGCAUGGGGGCAUGACCUCCCCCUCUGCAAGGAUAACAUUAAAAGGAGCUCAAUUUAUUGAGUAAAUGAGUCAA